UUUGUUUUGUCCUCCCCAAGACAAAAGAUUCUCUCCCCCAACUUCCCCUCUUUUCAUUCAUUCCAUCUCCUAACACCCAAUUAUCCCAAUCCUAAUCACAAUUAAUAUUUUUUUUGUUCGUAAUGACCCCAAUCAUAGGCCUCAUUAGCCCCAAAACCAAAUCCUAUUAGUUUCCUCUCCUCCCAUUACUACCAUCAUGGGAGCGAGUUUAACAGACCCUUAAUUAACCUCUGAUUACCAAUUGACCAACCCACAUUGAUCCUCUCCAAAAAUGAACGACCUCUUUUCCACCACCUCCUUCAAGCGAUACACGGACCUCAACGAGCAGGUCAAGCUGGACGACAUGGAAACGGGCACGGCCGCCUCGGGGCAAGAGACGGUCAACCUCGAGAAGUUCUUCGAGGACGUCGAGGGCGUCAAGGACGACCUCAAGCAUCUAGAGCAGCUGCACCAACGCCUGCAGGGACUCAAUGAGGAGACCAAGUUAGCCCACAGCGCGACCGUGGUCAAGGAGCUUCGGUCGCGCAUGGAUAAGGACGUCGAACAAGUGCUUAGAAAAGCAAAAAUGGUGAAGGGAAAGCUCGAGGCUUUGGAGAAAUCGAAUGCGGCGAGCCGGGCGGUACCUGGGUGUGGGCCCGGGAGCUCCGCGGACCGGACGAGGACGUCAGUUGUCGGAGGGCUGGGGAAGAAGCUGAAGGAUUUGAUGGAUGGGUUUCAGGGGUUGAGGGCGAGGAUGGCGGAGGAGUACAAGGAGACCGUAGGAAGAAGGUACUUCACCGUGACCGGAAAACAGGCAGACGAUGACACGAUCGAGUCCAUGAUAUCCUCGGGUGAGAGCGAAAACUUCCUGCAGAAAGCAAUCGAGGAGCAGGGCAGAGGCCAAGUACUGGACACGAUAAUGGAGAUCCAGGAGCGACACGAUGCAGUGAAGGAGAUCGAGAAGAGCCUGAUGGACCUGCACCAGGUGUUCCUCGACAUGGCAGCACUGGUGGAGGCACAGGGGCACCAGUUGAACGAUAUCGAGAGCCACGUGGCGCACGCGAGCUCGUUCGUGAGGAAGGGGACGGUGGAGCUGGAGUCGGCGAAGGAGUACCAGAGGAGCUCCAGGAAGUGGGCCUGCAUUGCGGUGUUGCUGGUGCUGGUGAUGAUUGCUGUCCUGCUGGUGCCGCUGCUUAUUAACCUCGGGGUUAUUCAUUUCUGAUUAAGAUUUUAACUUUUUUUUUUCGUGAUCGAAGAUUUUGGAUCUUUUUUCUUUUGUUUAGUUUCCCCUGUACCUUUUAAAAAAAACAUGGGAAAAUUUGCAUUUAAUAUAUAUUUAUCUCAAAGAAACUAUCAUGAAC